AUGAUGAUGGAGCUGCAGGGCCCUGAAGAUGGCGGUGGUGGAGGGAGAGGUGGUGGUGGUGGACACGUGAAGGUACUGAGCGCCGAGGAGUUGGAGUGUAAAAUCUGCUACUGUGCGUACAACUUUGGGAGUCGCAGGCCGAAGGUGCUGGAGUGCUGCCACCGCCUGUGCGCUAAAUGCCUCGCUAAGAUCCUCGAUCUCGGAGAGUUGCCACCAAACGCCAUUGUCUGCCCUUUCUGCCGCUACGUUACCCGGCUCCCAGGAGAGGCGGUGAGCAGCCUGCCGGAUGAUUGCAACCUGGUGGCGGCGCUGACCCUCCAAAGACGGAAUCAGAGGAACAUUCAGAUCCACCAGGAGACGACCACAGAGCUGCUCCUCAGUCCUGGACGUUUGAGCUCCCUGAUGGGGAGCAACCCACCUUUGACGUCCCCUUCCUCCUCUUCCUCUUCGUCCUCUGCAUCUUCUUCUACAACCUACUCCUCCAUCCGGGGCUCCCCUAACUUUGUAGUCAUCACCAUCAUGGAGCCCCCGCCGGUGCCCGCAGCCACCCAGGACCUCCACUUCCACCGUGGAUCUCGCUACCGCUCAUCCAGUCUGGACUCCAUGGCGUCCAUCACUCAGAGGUGGACCGUGUGGAACUGUGCGGCCCUGCUGUGUCAGACGUCGGCCCGGGCGCUGGUGUGGGUGCUGGGGCUGCUGUACUUCAGCUCUCUGCCCAUGGGAGUCUACCUUCUCAUCAUGCAGAGGACGACAAUCGGGGUGCUGCUGGUGAGUCUGGUUCCGGCCAGUCUCGUCAUGAUCAUGGUCUACGGGUUCUGCCAGUGCGUCUGCCAGGAGCUGUGGGACUGCAUACCUUCAUAA